UAAAAAACGGAAGAGUUAGUUAAAAGACGUGGGAACAGAUUUUCAGUCUAAAGAGAAACUCUCCGUGGAGAUCUUUUUCCUGGUUCCUUUUCUUUCUCGUCGCGGUGGUGGCGGUGGCGGAGGCGGAGGCUUAUAUAUAUUAUAGCGUAGAGGAGGUGGUUUUGGAAGAGGAAGAGAAAAAUACUCCAUAGAGGAAAAGGAACAUGGCAUAUAGGAGAAGACAGGGGAUAACGAGGGCGUCCACCUUCAAAGAAGAGGUUCAUUUGCCACCGGACGACAACCCCAGCAAUGAUUCAUCAAAUUCAUCAUCAUCUCUUGCCGCUCAGGCAAUUCGGGCGUCCGCUGCUCAUCGAGAAUCGUCCCUUUCCUCUGCCUACGCCAACUCUGCUGUCGCCUCUACUCAUCAACCUCGUCCGUUGAAGAGCUUUCCUGCGUAUGGGGAUGCAUCAACAAAAAGCGAGUCCAAAUCUGGAUUUUGGGGUGUUCUUGCUCGAAAAGCUAAAGCAAUUCUUGAGGAUGAUAACAUGUCGCAGCAACAUGAUAUACCCGAUAGAAUGAGUUCGCAGGCCUUCAACACCUCAACAGGUGGUCAGCAAUCAUAUCAAUCGCCAGAGAGCUUCAGAAAAAUGGACAAUCCUAAAUUACGGAAGGGCUUGGAUGCAAUAACAUCGUCCCUUAAUCACAUUGGUGACACCUUUGAAAAGGCUUUUGAGGAAGGUCGCACAAUUGUGGAAAAUAAGACAGCAGACAUCAUCCAAGAAACCCGCAAACUACAAAUUAAGCGAAGAGGAAACAAUUCUGAGGCACCAAAUCAGUCUCCUGAUGUGAAUAAUUCAUGGCAGGAUCCAACACAACCAAAGAUUCAAACCAACCAUGAAACUCAACUCAAGGCAUCUCGCGACGUUGCAAUGGCAACAGCCGCCAAAGCUAAACUACUUCUUCGGGAGCUGAAAACGAUUAAAGCAGAUUUAGCUUUUGCAAAGGAACGAUGUGCUCAACUAGAAGAUGAAAAUAAACUUCUGCGAGAGAAUCGUGAGAAGGGAGACAACCGUGCAGAUGACGACUUGAUCCGCCUUCAACUGGAGACACUAUUGGCUGAGAAGUCACGUUUGGCCAAUGAGAAUUCAAUAUAUGCACGUGAGAACCGCUUCCUAAGGGAAAUUGUUGAGUACCACCAACUCACCAUGCAAGACGUUGUUUACAUAGACGAAGGCAUUGAAGAAGUUACAGAAGUUUACCCCAUAUCCAUCCCAGGAGUCCCCAGAAUGCUCUCCAUUUCUCCACCCUCUCCUACAUCCCCGCCCUUACCUUCUGAGAUUCCCCCAUCUGUAAGCCCACCAGAAAUUAAGGAAAUUUUUCCUGUGCCACAAGAGAAUAAGGACGUUCUAGAAAGUGAGGUCCCACAGAGUUUGAGUACCUCAGUUGCAGAGGAAGAAGAUACAAAAAGACCCCUUUUAUCUUCCUAAGUAGAGUUUCCUUAAUUUCUUCAGCCAAAGAGUUAAUAGCAUUCGUUCAUUUUUUUAUUCCUUUUCUUCCAAUUGUUCUUUUGUGGGAGGAAGAGGGGCAAGGAGUGGAGUCAUUUUUCCGCCUGCAGUUGUUUUUGUAAUUGGCGUUAUGUAACUUUCUCAUUCAAAGUGGGUUGGUGCUAUGUGUUUUCAGUGACUUGGUACAUGUUCAAGUAUUUUCCAUGUUCUUGUACA